AUGAAGUUCCAAAUGCCGCGCCCAUCAGGCGGAAGCCUAGGACGCACGAAGAACUACCUGCAUUUUGCUCAGGCGUUUAUUAUCUUCAUCGCUUGGGCGCUUACUAUCGCCAUCUGGACGAAGGGUGAUGGUAUCGACGGGCGCACGGGAUGGUAUUGGGGUCUGUGCUGGCUCAGCAUCCCCGGCCUCGUCUACCUAGUCGCAGUACCGAUGUGGCCGCGCGCCCGCCGUUUCGGAAACGUUUACGCCUUUGCCUGUGUCGAUGUUCUCUAUACCAUUCUCUGGGCUAGUGCUUGGAUUUGUCUUGCUUCUUAUGUUGCCGUUGGCAAGUCGAAGGGGUCUUCUUCUUCCGACAGUGACAAGGAUUCAAAGUCGAGCACCAAGAGGGCUACUGAUGAUAGCAGUUCUUCCAAGUCUGGCUGUGACAACUGGGCUUAUGGUUCUGCUGCGAAGUGUAAGCUUAGUGAGGCGACGACUAUCAUUGGUGUUGUGAUCUUUAUCCUAUUCGCCAUUACCGCAUGGAUGUCCUUCCGCAACGUUAUGCACUUCCGCCGCACAGGAACCCUCCCCGACGCAGUCUCAGACCCCACCUUCGCUGCCCAGACCAAAGCCGCCUUCUCCUCAAACCCAGCCCACGACUUUGAAGAAGACGAGGACGACUUCCGCUCAGGCCGUGGCGGUGGCAUGCCCGCUUCCUCCCGCGGCGAUCAGGACGAGGACUACGCCCUCCUCCAGCAGAGCGAGGUGGACGAUCUGGGCAAUGCACACGGCCGGUCCGCGAUGCAUGGCUCUUACGAUCCCACUGCUCCUGCUCCUGGUGGCGUUCUCCAUGAUUAUAACGCUAGUACUGGCUACGGUGGUGCUCAUGGACAGCACUAUACCGCACCCGGUGAUCAGUUUGCGCCCACUGAGUUUGGGGCCUCGACUGAGUAUGGUGGAUCCUCUGUUGGGUAUGGAGGGUCUUCCGUUAGUGGAUAUGGGCGCUGA